ACAGCCUGUCCUGUUGUUCGCAGGGUUUAGUCUUUCUCUUUGCUUUUUGUUCUGAAGUUGCCGGCUGCGUUCGAUGGAGGCAGAGGCCACUUCGUAUUUAGGCUUUGGCAGACAUAGAGCAGAGGAAAUGCUGGAUAGACCCUGGCUUGGAUUUUUCGUGCAUCACAUAACAGAGAUGGGAGUUAUUCAAAGACCCAUAAGGAGGAAAUGGUAACACAGACACACAGAGAGAAGAGGAUCGGUGCCUUCUGAGAAGUGUACUGGCUUCCAGUGUAAUGAGCAAUGUGUGAACUUGUUAACUAGGCCUAUUCUCUUUGACCUUAAUUUAAAUUGAGGAUUAGCCAUCUCAUCAGAGUUCUUGGUGGAAAGCCAAGGCUUGUUUUGCCUUGGGCAAAACUCAAAAGGAGGAUUGGGAAGGAAAGUAGCUGCUCAUCCCUCAGAGGAAGCUUUUGCAUAUUUCCUUUGGCAGGGAACUUGAAGCGAUUAAAAAGUGAAUUUAUUUGGAUUGACUUCAAGAAGAGAAAAACACACCACAUUUACAUUUUUUUCCGUAAUGGAUUUGGAUCAGUUCUGUACCUUAACCCGGGAGCGUCCUGUUUAUCUACCUGGAUUCAGCUCAUCAAAGGAUCCAAGAAUUUAUUGAUAAUCUCUGCGUUCCCAGGCAAUGGAGCUCCGUAAGAGGGUGAAGCCAAAACAUGGCCUUUCACAAGAUGCGCCGUCUGAAGGCAGAUGUAACCAUAACGCUCUGUCGGGAACGCAGGAGGGGGGUGAAGGAGGGGUUUCUCUGCUUGGGCGAUCCGGUUCACGUUCCCAUUCCGGUUCAGGCGUUUCACCCCUGCGGCCUUGGCAACAGUGCGUUUUCAUGGCAGCAGGGCUGUUAGCGGCUGUGCUGCUGGCACUGACUCAGGCUUGGUGUGUGAACGGCUUACAUGAGAAUCUGCUGUGGUUCUCGCAGCUCACGGAAGUGGAGAGGGAGAUCUCCUUUCGGACAGAGUGUGGACUAUACUACUCCUACUAUAAACAAAUGCUGCACGCCCCAUCAAUACAAGAAGGGCUCAAAGAAAUGAUCCAUGACAACUUGACAGAAUCCAAGAGGACCAUUAACCUCUUGCAGCGAAUGAAUAUCUACCAAGAGGUCUUUCUCAGUGUUCUCUACAGAUUGUUGCCCAUACAGUCAUAUUUGGAGCCCGUGUACUUUUAUAUUUACACAGUGUUCUCGCUCCAAGCUGUGUAUGUGAUCGCUUUGUACCUCACAGCGUGGCUUCUGUCUGGCUCCUGGCUUGCUGGUGCGCUCACCGGGGUCUGGUACAUCCUUAACAGGGUAGAUACUACUCGUGUAGAGUUCACCAUCUCCCUCAGAGAGAACUGGUCUUUGCCCUUCUUAGCGCUGCAGGUCGCCGCUAUCACCUGUUACCUCAGACCCCAGCUCAUCACAUUACAGCAGAAGGUGAUGGUGUGGCUGAUGUAUGUGACGACGUUCUGUUUCUGUCUGACCUGGCAGUUCAACCAGUUCAUUCUACUGGUUCAGGCUCUCGUCAUUUACACCCUGGACUGCGGUGACUUCUUAACAACUACACAGGUGACUACGCUGUACCUCGUUCAAGUGAGCAGCCUGCUGAGUGUGUGGUUCCUCCAGUUCUGUAACUCCAUGAUACUGGGAUCACUGGUCCUGAGCUUCAUAGUAGCCGCGCUCUUCAUCAGACAUUGCCAGCCUGGUGUAAAGACUGGAAGCCUGGUGGUUCGUUUGGGCAAAGUUCUUCUCCACAGUGCCCUGGUUCUCCUCCUCACGGUCACCAUCAACUACCUGGCCAAGAAAGCCCUCCAGCUCCAGUCAGACGAGCACAUCUUUAAAUUCAUCAAGUCAAAGUUUGCUCUGGGUUCGACCAGGGAUUUUGAUGCCAGUCUGUAUCUGUGUGAGGAGGCCUUUGGCCUGCUUCCCCUGGACACGCUCGAGCGCCUGGCCGGUACCCUGCUGCUGUACCCCUACGUCCUCACGCUGCUUCUGCUCUGUGGCAUGUUGGUGGCGGCAGCACUGCAAAACCUGAGCAGGCCUAACAGAGGUUCCACUGAGGAAAAGAAAGGAGCCAGAGAGGGGCAAGUGGCGGCAUUUCGUCCAGAUGUGGCCUACAAUCUGCUGCACACGCUGUUCUACGGCCUCCUGGCUUUCAGCACAAUGAGAAUGAAGUAUAUAUGGACUGGCCACAUGUGUGCGGUCGCAGCCUACGGUGUCUGUGGGACCGAGCUGUGGACUGUGCUUCUCAGCGCUCUCCGAUGCAACACGAAACUUCUGUUGAGGCUUGUCAGAUAUGUCGUUCCUGUUGUGAUGAUCGGUUUCCUGUAUUACAAGUUCUGGCCUAAGCUGAUGGAGGAGUUAUCAGAACUGAGGGAGUUUUAUGAUCCAGACACCGUGGAGCUCAUGACCUGGAUUAGCACAAAGACACCCAAACAGGCAGUAUUUGCUGGAAGCAUGCAGCUCCUGGCGGGUAUCAAGCUGUGCACAGGCAGAGUUCUCACCAACCACCCCCAUUAUGAAGAUAAAGACCUGCGGGAGCGGACCAGACAGGUGUAUCAAGUGUACGCUCGCCGCUCCCCAGAGGAAGUAUACGAUAUCCUGAAGGCUAUUGGGGCCGACUAUGUGGUGUUGGAAAACAGCAUCUGCUAUGAGCGGAGGCACAGGCGGGGCUGCAGACUGCGGGACCUGCUCGACCUGGCCAACGGACAUAUCAUGGACGGACCUGGAGAGGAUGACCCCGACCUCGUCCCUGCCACCCACCCUCGUUUUUGCGAUGCCAUCAAGACGGACGCGGCAGCUUACAACACUCUCUUUACCAGAACAUUCCAGAAUAAAACCUUCCAUGUCUACCGACUCAAGAAGAAACGCAAGAAAAAUACGAAGGGCUCAUCAGAGCCCAGCGUGACUCAGUAGCAGGACCAGGGCUGCAAGACAACCCCAGCAGAGGCCAGAGGGGAGAGAGGAGGAGAGGAUGAAAUAAAAGUGCUGAAUCCUUGCUGUUCCUCUGUCUCCUCUGUGCACUGCGCCCAGCUGUGAUCAUGGCCAUUAUUUCUUCAACACGUGGCUCUUUGGACGUGCUAUUAGAACAGCGGGGCCGGUCUGCACUUCGGGUGGAGUGUGCAAAUGUAGGAUUCCUGCUUCGGGCUGUUCUACGUCCACUCAUUCAGCCGCCGUCCACCCCCAAAAAAGUUUAGAUGACUAAGUGAAACUUAAAGAUUGAAAUACAGAGAAGUCGUAUGUAUUUGCAGCUGAGUUCUUCUUUGCCAAUGAAAGUAGGGGCAGAAAUCGAAGAUUUGUUGAGCUCUUCAUUUGUAGGGAUUUAAACUGACUUUAAAAAAAACAUAAGAUCUAAAAGGUUCAGUUUCCACUGUAGUUCAGUUGUUUUAGGAGUAGACAUCAGCCGACAUUAAGUGUAAAUGUCUAGUUUAUAAAGUUUCAUAAAAAACCUCAAAAAUGAUACAACUGAAAAGAUUAAAGUCAGUUAGGAGAUGAUUUCUUUUUCAGAACUGACCGACGUGUUGGUUCUUUCAGAUGGGCAGCGAGCAGCUCCGGUCAGUAUGUUUCAGCCAUGUUAGUGUAAAGGAAGCUGGUCAUCGGCCUCAUUACAUGUUCUCAUAUUAAUAAUUGAACUGUGCUUGAAUUUGAUUCAUUAAACAUCCUGAACAUAAAAACAUGCUUAAACAGGUUGCCAUAGUCCCAGUGGAAACUCGUGCGACUGUUUAAUCUUACUGUUACUAGUAUUACUUCUAGCAUCACUGCUGUCAUCCUAAGCUCUUCUACCCACAAGCCUAACAACUACGUGCCAAACCCCAACUUAUCCUCACUCUGAACCUACUUUAAGUCUAAAACCAAGUCGUAGCCCUCAAACAGGUCUUUGAUCUUCUCUACAAAAUGUCUCAAACUAAACACAAACUUAAAUUUAGGCUUUAAUUUA